UCAAGCAGCGCAGAUUUCUUUAUUUUAUUUUACUUCUAGCGUGAAUUUUAGGAUAGCACCUAAAAGUGCUACACAAAUAACGCUUAAUAUUGUUAUUAGUAUUAGGUGCCGAUCUAUAAAUGAUUAAUUGUAGGAAAUAAAUACUGUGACUAUGUACUAUUCUCCUACUUCAUUUUACGUAUAAUACAUUUUUGGACUAUGUAAUGAUUUGCGCAGACUUCUUUUCUCGAACACAUUUUUGUGUCAUCAGUUCACUGAUACGGGUUUCGGAUACAUUGGAUGUGAGCUAUAGUUACUUCGUAAUAUUACAUAUCUAAGGACUUUCACUUGGUCUUUACGCUUUUCGUUCUUUCUGUUGUCUCUUUAACAAUGAACAGGACACAGCUGAAGAGAUCAAGAAUUUUAAGAAUGGCGCUGACUGAUACAGACGCAAUGGACCAAGAUAUAAAAGGAGAGCCGUUUAUCCUACGCGCUAUAAAGAUUGCGCUGGUAGUGGCGCUCUACUGGUUUGUUUCAAUUACCAUGGUGUUUAUCAAUAAUUAUCUGCUGGACAGCAAGGAGCUAGAUGCCCCACUUUUUGUAACAUUCUUCCAGUGUGUCAUAAGCGUCUGUCUCUGUUGGCUUAUGAACAUUUUCUCGAAAUUGUGGCCAGGCUACGUGGAUUUCCCGUCCAUAAAACUGGAUCUAAAAGUUUCCCGAGAGAUUCUACCGCUGUCUGUCGUAUUUAUUGCAAUGAUCACGUUUAACAACCUGUGCCUGAAGAACGUGGGAGUCGCCUUCUACACAGUUGGACGCUCACUUAGCACGGUUUUUAACGUUUUAUUGUCUUACGUUAUUCUCAAGCAGACUACUUCUCUUUACGCACUCUUGUGUUGUGGAGUCAUUUUAGGAGGUUUCUGGCUUGGAGUGGAUCAGGAGGGUGAAGCAGGCUCCCUCUCCUGGUCUGGAGUCAUUUUCGGUGUUAUUGCCAGUGCCUGCGUCUCCCUGAAUGCCAUCUACACUAAGAAGGUGAUGCCAGUGGUGGAUGGCAGCAUUUGGAAGCUCUCUUACUACAACAACCUGAACGCCUGUGUCCUAUUUAUACCACUCCUCGUCCUUUUCGGAGAGCUGGGCCAUGUUGCUGGGUUCUCCCGUCUGGGGGAUUUGCAUUUCUGGGGCAUGAUGGUCAUAGGUGGCAUGUUUGGCUUUGCUAUUGGCUAUGUAACAGGUCUCCAGAUCAAGUACACCAGUCCGUUGACACACAAUGUGUCGGGCACAGCCAAAGCCUGUGCUCAGACUGUGCUGGCUGUUGCAUAUUAUGCCACUAGCAAGAGCCUGCUGUGGUGGACUAGCAACCUGAUGGUCCUCGGUGGGUCAUUUGCCUACACUUGGGUCAAAGGCCUGGAGAUGAAGAAGACACAGAUUCCUGAGGACUCAUCAUCAACAGAAGAGAAGCAAAGUAGAGAAGACUCAGGGGUAUGAAGAAGAAAUGUUUCAAACUGAGAUCGGAUAUAAAUGCCUAUGUUACUGGGAUGAUGUUCUGAAAUUAACUUUAUUACUGGGAAUAUUGGGGAAGAACAUUAUGUUUAUAAUGUUUUUAUAAUGGUGAUUUAUGGAAAAAAGUUUAUAGUUUAUAUAGAUGUUAUACUGCAUAUUUGUGUGACUUUGUGUACUGUGUGUGUGUAUGUUUAUUUGUACCAUAAUUUAAAGAUGAUGAAAUGCAUCUUACUUAUGUGAACACUUUUAAACAUGCCUUCAGGAAUAUAUUUUCUUAACAGAUUUAAAUGUCCUUUUCAGAUUUUACAUGGAAGAACAACUGAGCAGAAAAGCUUAAUGUGCUUAUAUUGUCCUUCUAAAGAAUGGUAAUGUGCACAUGCUAGACAGUGAAUUGAGAAGCAAACAACUGUAAUCUGGAGUUUAGGGCCAUAACUACCAGAUGCUUAAGUGUUUACCUGUGAACAAUAUAGAGGAGCAGGCCUUCCUUUAAGUAAAUCAGCUUGAAGUAAUUAAAAGCUUAAAUAAGUAGGAGGCACAUCGUAUAGACAGCACCUAUGACCGUGGGACACUGUUUUUAAGUACUUUCAUAUGAUCAUCUUAUUUAUGAGGCCUUGUCCCUCAUUGUAAGUGUUAGAUUAUUCACUAAUAUAUCAGACUGGCCUCGAGCGGUGGUAGAUUUAUGAUGGGCCAGUACAAUUACACUUCUCAGUCUGAAGUGGUGAAGGAAAAUGCAAUAAUUCCAGCCGUGAGUUUGAACUCUCCACAUGGCUGACCUUCUUUAUUAGGGUUGUGUUGCCUUUUCCAAGAUUAUUAGAUUUUUGUAGUACCAGUUCUGCAACUGAAGUAGUGUCUACACUACACAUGAAUGUCAGGUUUCAGUUUGUAGUAGAAGUAUGAUUGAUUUGUGUUUUAUGCUCUGUAAGGUGAAGAUUUUUUUACUUGAGUUUUUUUUCCUUUUGUGUGUUGUGGGGUUGUGUUCUUUGUGCAGGUAGUCUUUCUAGUUCGUGUGAGAGUGUGCAAAAAGUCUCUCUGGAGUCUUUAUGGCCAGUAGCAGAAUUAUGGGACACAAAGUGAAUGUUCUUCAACAGGGCAAUUUGAAGCUCACAACCUUUGUCAUGUUAGCAUUGUCACAGUAACUAAAGUUUGAGCAUUAUAUUAAUCAAAAGGGAACAGUGAACAACAAACAACCUGAAAUGUAGUUUUGAUUAAUCUCCAUGGCUUCCCCACUGGCACCCAUUCAUCAGACUGUUAAAGGACAAAUAGCCCACUCUCACCAUGUGGGUGGGUCUAAGGAGACAUAUUACCAGUGGUACCAAUCAACAUAAUGCGUUUUAAAGUUCUCUACUGGUAUUUCUUCACUGUUCAUCAAACUGCUCCUGCUUGUCAUCAUAUUGAUUAGUACUACUAAUGUAGUGUUGUUCACAUCUGCAUAUCUACAACUACAUUAAUUUUAUCAUAAUUUAAAUUAUACUGCCCUUUAACUGAAUUUUGUGUGGGGUUUUUUUGUUGUUGUUGUUGCUAAACAAAAUUACAAAUCUUUGACUUUCUUUUGGUACACCUUUAGUGGUUAGGCCCCUUUCCAAUGUAUGUAUACACAUGAUGUUUAAGAAUGUUCAUCAUUAAAGCAUUGUCAGGUCUGGUAUUUAUAAAGAAACUCAAAAGACUUGGGAUCAGCAUUGCUGUUCCAAUAUGCGUCUAAAUUAAGCCCAGUUACCAGCAGAUAUAUAAAUAAUUCAUAUUUACUGCCACUAGGUGGCAAGCGUGACCUAACCAUAUAGCUUGAAUUGCUUGACAGUGCAGGUUUUUGCAGCGCACUCUGGUUUCGACACCAAUCCUACCCAAGAAAACAUAUUUAUUAAAAAACACGUUAAAUUUGAUAUUGUUUAUUCUUAACUAUCUGGGCUAUUUCAUUAUGUUUCUAUCUUUUUUUUCAAUAAAAGAUGAGCUCUCUUGUCCGCUGUGCUAAUUUAUUUGGCAUUAUAUUGUCUCUGUAUCUGUUCACAAAGUGUCAAAGUGUAAGGACAAAGUGUCAUUAUUCCAAAAAGAAAUUACAUUCUCAAAAGUAUAUAGGACAAAUGUGACAGUUU